UGGAGUGUGUUCAACAAUGUUCGUGUGUUUUGAAGUUUUGUGUGCGCUGCUGUGAGCGGCCCGUGUUGUGACGUCACGGCCGUGACCCCGCCUCUCCUACAACUUCAGAAUGAGCAGAGCGGCAAAGCAAGCAGAUCGCUGAGGAGGCGACAUCAUUUCUCGUCUUCUCGUGUUUUCUUCUUCAUCAUCUUCCUUGUCAUCAGUCAUGAGCGCGAGGAGCAUCAUCUGGUGAAAGAGAGAACAUGGAAAAACAGAAAGUGUUGUCCAAGCUGAUGUGGGACCUUCAGUCCUUCCUUUCGGUUCUGGACUCGGAGAACCUGAGUUACAUCGCUCAGGCCCAGAAGAAGUCCAUCUCGGAGCUGGUGUCCUCGCUGCAGCCGCAAGAAGCUCCAGUGGAGGACACCGAGUAUGUCAUCAUGAGCUGUCCGUCAUCAUCGGCGCCUAGCAACCAGGCGUCGAGAGACUCCGCGGUCUGGACCGGAGAUGCGGUCCCUGCGUCACGGCAAUGCCCGCCUGGGGGUUCUCAAGCUCCUGGCGGUGAUGAUGACGAAGAUGAAGAUACCUACGAAGAGGCACAGCCCUUCCAAGCUGAUAGCAACAGUCACAUAGAGCGAGCUGAGUCGGAGAACAGCUACUACGAGUCGUACGGCGAGGAUGCCGAGGAUGACGAUGACGAUGAUGACGAGCACAUGAAGGACAGAGCUCACUACAUCCAGUGGAGUUCCUCUCAGCCUUGUCUCAGGCCCCCUCCCGAGUCUCGCCUGUGUGGGUACCUGUGGAGGAGGAAAUGGUUGGGACAAUGGACCAAGCAGCUCUUCAUCAUCAGGAACCACCUCCUGCUGUGCUACAAGUGCGCGCGGGACCUCCUCCCUCAUCGACAGUUGAGCCUGCGUGGCUGCCAGCCGCUCUACAAGCUGAAGAGCAACCGGAAGAUUCCGCACCAACUCAAGCUUCAGCUGCUGGGGGCCGACACCCUGGUACUGGGGUACAGCAGCUUCCAGCAGGCCGACGAGUGGCGCCGGGUGAUCGAGGAGCUGAGCGUUGACGGGGAAAUUCAAAGCACCGGCUCAGAACUUUCUCUGUGGUCUCGCCGGUCCAGUGCGCUUGUGACACCCCCCCACCAGCCAGAAUCUUCACGUCAGCGACACAGGAACAAAGCCGCGGUGAGUGUGCUGAUGAACUGUCAGUGGCAGAGUCUCCUGUGUCAGGUGGAGGUGGGAAAUCUCAACAUGUUUGCAGAGGACGGCGAAGACGACGACGACGAGAGCCGCGGGGGCCGCCGCCUUCGCUCUCCUCAGUACACGCUGCGGCUGCGAGGCUGCCGUGUGAAAGCCGCGCCCGACGGCGAGCGCCCGCACAGGAUCGCGCUCAGCAUGCUCGGCGAGCAGCUGGCCGUGUUGGAGGUGAGUUCGGUGGACGAGAAGCGUCGAUGGACGCGCCUCCUGACGGCCGCGGCGGACGCUGGCGGCGAGACUCCGCAAGAUGAACACAUCAGCGGACACAACCCGAACGCGUACAUGGAGCAGCCUUUCCGCUCCAACUCCGCCGCUACCCCCCCGCCGCGGCCCGUCUACUCCAACGCCCCCGUGCUGGAGCACACGCUUCAGAGUUCUCAGGACGCCGCGGUGACCUACGCCAACGGCGCCUUCGACGGCCGCAACAGGAAGUGGUCUGAAGUAGCGCCACGCGGCGUUCAGAAGUUGGAGCUGACGGGCAGGAAAAGCGUCCCCGUGAGGGCGGGCUCCGAGGCUAACCUGCCCUCGGCGACCAAUAAGAAUAAACGCUCCUCCUUCAGACAAUCGCUCACCAUGUGCGGCGAGCGGGCGCAGGCCAGUCUGCUGAACCCUCUCCUGCGUCGCACGGCAUCUGUGAAGACCUCGCUGAGACGAGCCCCAUCCACGCUCUUCAUCGAGCAUGGGAAGGUUUUCCAGAGGAGGAAGGAAUGGGAGACCAAAGCCGCUGCCUGAAGCGACGAAGUGACCGCGCGCCCACGCGUCCGUGCGACCACGUGGGCCAAGUGAUGUGGCGACGUGACUUCGCCGACGCCCGUUAACUUAUUUUUGCUCUUCUACACAACGUAACAGACUUGACUGGUUUGAUACUCAUGAGGCAUGUUGUCACGGUCCCCGUGCAUGUC